GCGAAAGUGAUUAUUAGUGAUUAAAUUCAAGGUUGAUAUUUACUUCAAUCUUGACUGAUUGGUUAACUAUUAUCAUAAUUAUCGAAUCGGGAUCAAUGUCAACCAUCAUAAUUAUCGGGAUGAUGAAGGAAUUCACCAGAGAGAGACUAUGAACAGAGGAUGAGUCGAAACUGAAUCGAUUGGAACGAAGAACCAGGAAAACCUUUGGAAUUGCGCAAAUCUUAGCAAUUUAAGAAUCAAUAGUAACCAAUCAGUGGCCACUAUCUCUCAUCUAUCUUUAUUUUCAUGAUCAUUGUUCCGUCCUCGGAACUUGAACAACAAUAACACAACGAUUUCUCAUUAAUUGAUCACCAGUAUUUACUAAUUUCCGUUUGUGUCUUUUUAUAAUCAAGUAACUUUCAAUUUCCUUUUCUUCAAUCAAGUGAUAAUAUAUGAUCAUCAAUUGCUCUCUCAUUUUCUCAUCUUAAUCAUCUUGUUUUCAUUUCUCCAAAAUUGAGAUCAUCUUUGGUUAUUAUUAUUGUGGAUUAAACUGAAAAAAAAGAAGAGCAAAAAAUCAAUAGUAAAUGAGGUUAAACUUGAGAGUAAAAGUGAUUGAGACUAUUCAAAUUGAUGCAAAAUCGCCUUGAUUGUUGAUUAACUAUUGCAAUUUUCUUAUUCAUGUUAUAUUGUUUAAAGAUUUAACGUCUAAUUUGUUGAUUAUAUUUACGAAUAUGAGUAAAAUACUUUCACCUUCGGAAAUCAAUUUUCUAAUUGAAAAUGGAGAUGACAACAAUAUCCAACCAGAUACAAGUGUAUUAACUGAUUUAAGUAGACAAUUUAUUGAGAAAAAAACUGUACCCAAACUACAGGUGUCAGAAAAAAAUGGUUCCUGGUUCGCUCUCAACAAUACGUCACUUCAUGUGGCCAAGGAAUUGGAAAGGCAGGGUAAAUGUUCAACGAUUCAGGUUGAAAUUGUCCCUCUGAGUAAAGUUCCAAUAAGUUUACAAAAUGGUAUGUUAACAGCGAAUGGACAGUCUGGUGAAAAGGAAACAGUAUUUUCUGAAUGUUGUCCAUCGAAAGAUUUCAGUGAACAAGGUGUUUCGAGAGAGUCGAAAGGAGAACGAAGAGGUUUCAGAAGACUUCAGAUAGAAGAAAAUUUUGGAAUCGAAUCAAAUGAGAGUAAUGGUAAAUAUGGUUCUCAUGAUUCAUAUGAUGAUGGUGAAGACACAGGGGAAAGUUCACCAUCAGAAGCUUCGGAUUAUGAUCAAGAUUACGAUGAAUCUGAUGGAGAGGAAUCGCUGGUUUGUAAUGUUUGUGAUCGAACUUUUUCAAAUGGACAAAAAUUGGGUCGCCAUCAAAUGCAUAGGAAACACUUCUGCUGUUCCGUCUGUGAUGCUUUGUUUCCCACCCUGAUGGUGCUACAAAUACACAAGAAAACACUUGAACAUUGGACGGACGAUGAAGCCGAUAACGAAGUAGCCGUUGGAUUUAUUACCGAUGAGGAAGAACCAGAUGAUCAACAAGAUUUACCCUCAGGAACAUAUCGACAGCCUUAUGAGGAGAUUGAAAGGUUGUUAUGAGGCUCGAAUACAGAAUUUGCGAUCAUGAAGAAUUUCAUCUUUCACCAAACAACUCGAAAACUAUUAAACUUAUAUCUUAA